AUGCCGUUCACAGCAGAUGCGGCUGCUCACCAAAUCCAAGAGCGUUUGAAAAAUAUAUACCAGCUAGUGAAAGAUAUUGAAAAUGAACGGACUAGAUCAGAGGUUAAUUUAAAUAACAUAACAAAAGCUCAUGAAAAAGUUACUCCAGAUGAUAAAAUAACUCCGUACUAUCAGCAGAAACUAAAAACUCUGUACAAUUCAGCGAUACAAGAUGCCCAGCAAGAGGAAGAACUUUUGCGCUCAGCUCUGAGCAAAAUCAAUGAAAUUCGCGCUAUCAGGAAUGAGCGUAGAAUCCAAGCGCGCAAUGCCGGAAAUAAAGAGACAAUACGUCGGGGAGCUUUGAUGAAAAUGCUGCAAAGUACUGCCGCAACUUUGCCUCUCUACGUGGGUAAAACACCUGGUGCCAAGGCGCCAGCACUCUGCGGUGCAGUACCAGCAGAGUCAACUUACGUCGCUAAAAUGGGCGACAUGGUAGCAGCGCUGGUGAAAAGUUCGUCAGACGAAGAGGAAAACUGGAUCCUCGCAGAAGUCGUGCACUUUAACCUGACUACAAACAAGUACGAGGUCGACGACAUCGACGAAGAGCAAAAAGACCGUCAUACUUUGUCUAGAAGACGCGUCGUACCGCUGCCACUGAUGAGAGCCAACCCGGACACUGACCCACAUGCCCUGUUUCCAAAAGGUUCCAUCGUAAUGGCCCUCUACCCGCAGACGACGUGUUUCUACAAAGCUGUCGUCAACCAGCUGCCGAAUUCAGCCACCGAAGAGUACGAAGUUCUGUUCGAAGACGCGUCAUAUGCUGAUGGAUAUUCACCCCCGCUGAAUGUCGCCCAGCGGUACGUCAUCUCUAUCAAGGAGGGAAAGAAGAGCAAGAGCUAG